AUGGCUCGGCCGGUGUUCGACUCCAAGUACCCGGCGAGCCACGUGCCACGUCAGCUGCAGGCGGCGCUGGUGGUGUCGGUGGUGGUGAUGCUCGCCGUGCUCACCAUGCACAAUGCCAACAUGACCGCGCGCUCGUACGCGAUACAAGAGGACUUGAAUCGAACCGCCGCGUUCGAGCAGCUGCUCGACCGACGCUUCCAGGAGAUUUCCGUUCUGUUCCAGGAGAGCAUUGCCAAAUCCAGCACAGCACACGCGGAUUUCGAACCCUCCUCUCUCUCCUCCGGCAACCCCAACAGCAUCCUCCGCCUCUCCCACAGGGGCCCUCGGCGCCUGUGCACGUACACGGAGAGCGAGCUGCGCGCCAUCCUCGCGCUGCGCCACUGCUGCGGGUGGAAGUGCAACCGGUACUUCUAUGGCGGCGCUUGGAUCGACUGGAAGACGCUGGAUGAGGAGUUUCAGAAGGGGCAUGCGCGGGUGCGGGAGGAGGAGGAGGCGGAGUGCGUCCUGGCGUGCAAGCAGCAUGAGAACCUGGGGUGCAGCAAGGAGCAGCCGUGCGUUAAUGGGUACUACCUGCGCCGCAACACCACUGACACGCUGGUGGUGCGGCAGGCGUACGAGUGGGGAGAGCAGAACUUUCUCAAGCCGCACUUCCACUUUGACUCCAUCCUUGACGCCGGGGCCAACAUCGGACUCACCUCCGUGCUCUUCGCCACCAUGUACCCCAAGGCAACGAUCAUCAGUGUGGAGGCGUCGUCUCGCAACUUCCGCUCGCUGAAUCUCAACACACAGCCCUUCCCCAACGUCAUCGCUGUCAACGCUGCCCUGUGGCCGCGCGUCGCCUCCCUCUCCCUCACCCUCGGGCAGAGGAACCCCGAGCUGCCGCCUGAAUGGGCCUUCAUGGUCAAAGAGACCCGCGAUCUCGAGCCCGGGCAGGUUGUGGAGGACUCCCUUCUCGGCGUGACCGUGCCAUUCCUCCUCAAAGUUUUCGGGCUGCCCGGAUUCGACUUCCUCAAGAUCGACAUCGAGGGCAGCGAGGGCGAAAUUUUCCGUGAGGACCGGGAGACGGAUCUGGGGUGGGUGAACGAGUCGAAGCUGGCAGCACUGGAGCUUCAUGGGGACAUGGUGCCUGGCUCGAAUGUGACUGUAUUGAAUUUCUUCAACAGCCGCAGCAAUUUCCACCAUAAGAAGGAUUGGUCGGGGGAGUAUGAGGUGUUUAUGCGUAACGACGCUAAUCUGUCCUAG